AUGUCAGUUCGGAGAAGAAACUCCGUGCCCACUCGCACCCGGUUCAGCUUCUCCACCCUCCGCGGCUUUCAGCAGCCCGAGCUGAGCAAGAAGCUCAACCAAGUCAUCAAGAACGAGAAUGCCGCCAUCGGCGCCCAUGAGAAGGCAAGCAAGGAGCGCCUGUCCAUCGCUACCCAGCUGUCGGAGUGGGGCGAAUGGACGGAAGACGAUGCUGUCGCAGAUAUCACAGACAAGGUUGGCGUCCUGAUGGCCGAGAUAGGCGAGCAGGAGGACACGUUCGCCCAGUACCUCGAGGAGUAUCGCAUCGUUCUGAAGCAGAUCCGCGACACCGAGAACUCCGUCCAGCCUUCAAGGGAUCAUCGAGCUAAAAUUGCGGACGAGAUCCAGAAGCUCAAAUGGAAAGAGCCGCACAGUCAUAAGAUCGACACCCUGGAACAGGAGCUGGUCAGGGCCGAAGCUCAGAGUCUAGUAGCCGAGGCUCAGUUGACCAACGUGACUAGGUCGAAACUCAAGGAAGCAUUGGAUAUCCAUACUGCUGCGGUCAUUGAACGAAGCGAGAAACAGAUCUUGCUUGCUCGCCAUGCGCGCCGCUUGCUGAACCAUCUGGACGAUACUCCUGUCGUCCCUGGUGACUCCCCGCGCGAAUACGAUCGCACGCCUGCCACGAGACAGGUCCUCGAGGAUGCCGAGAAUGAACUCCGUUCUUGGGAGAGCACCACCGUACCCAUCCAGAGUUCUGCCGGGGAACUCCCGAGCAGC